CACAGCUGGGUGGAGUUAAAUUCUUCGGGACUUUUGUUGGCUGCAGCACAGACAAGGGGCGAAGUUAUUGGUCGUCUAGGUGGCGAACUGAAGAAGUUUCCUUCUUAAACUUGACGUAGUUCAAACGAAACCACCAUGACUUCGACGAACAUGUUCCAAGGAUUGGAUACUGGUGGAAAACCAAGUUCCAGGGUGCUGCAGCCUCCUGGUGGCGGCUCCAGUAACCUUUUUGGUGGCUAUGAAGAGGACAGCGCUCCGUCCAGACGGUCUAAUAGGAUGGCCUCUAAAGUUUUUGCCGCACCAGAGGAGCCCCAAAAUGUAUCCAGACGCUCCAAUCCUCCAGGUGGAAAGAGCAGCGGGAUAUUCGGGGAACCCGAAGCACCAUCUCAGCCACAGAGACCAGUACCUCCAGGUGGAGCCUCCAGCAACAUAUUUGGGUCUGCAGAAAGCACACCUCUUGUAAGCUCCAGCCGAAGCCACCCAAACAAGCCAAAGGACAAUCUAAGUGUGGGACCUGAGCCUGAAUCACCAGCACCUGAUGCCAAAGUGAGCCAGCCAGCAGUGAAGGAGGAAGUGACCAGCCCUGCGCCUGCUCCAGCUCCAGCUCCAGCUAAGGAAGAGCCUCCGGCCGUCUCGGCCAGUCCAGAUCCAAAACCUGCCGCUGUGGCUCCUGACGAGACAAUGACGAAGAACCAUGAGCCUCACCUGGGGCCCAAGCCUCGCUCUCACAACAGGGUCCUCAAUCCCCCCGGAGGAAAGUCCAGCGUGGUUUUCUACUGAUGAUCACACACACACACGUCGCUUCUCCCAGUUUGUUCAUCGUUUGCAUCCCUGUUGAUUGUCUCUCAUUCCUGUUCUGCACCUCCAACGGUUAAUUCAUCUACUGUCAAUCUUUUGGUGCUGUUGUCCACAUCAGAUUUCUGAUUUCUAGUUGUUUUUCCAACUUUUUUUUUACACUUUUCUCUCUUUGUCUCAGUCCUGUCUUUUUGACUCUUCACCCCUCUCCCUCCUCCUCACUGAAUCCUGCAAUGAUACAAUCACACACAAGUCAAUCAGCUAGCGAGGUAUUUCCUACUCAAUAUAACUGUAACAGUGUUCAAGCUCAGUUGUGCGGUUGUUCUUGUUUGUAUUUUGAGGAUGUGUAGAUUGGAUGAAAACAAAUUUUCCAAAUUAAAUAGAGAAUUUUUAUUUUUAACCUCAGGACCUGAAUUUACAUUGUGGAGCUGACACUGAUCAAUAAACCUAAUAUGUAGCCUUUCAGUCAGGAAAGUGAAAUAGAUGUUUGUUUUUUUUUCUCCACACCAAAGUUUUGUGCAAAUGUUUCAAGAAAUUUUGCAUCCUUUCAAUAUUUUUGAUCUGUCAGAUCCUUAGUUUUUAACAUUCAAAUGUGUAAUUAGAUACCUUAUUAGCUUAGCAUUUGUCUUUUUUUACUGUUUCCUAACAUGUAGACUAAAAUGCAAUCUGUACGGGUGCCAAAAAACCCCCACAAUCAAGCAAAUAUGAAUCCUAAGAUUGACUUUUAAUUGUUUCCUCAAAGUAAAUUCCAUUUUGAUUGUAUGUGAAUGUAUUGUGCUGGUACUUCUCUGCUCUGUCCUCGUUGCUUGCAUUAUCUGAGAACAUGCCUUUCUUCUGCUUGGGGUCAGCCUCUGUUUAUGUUUUAAAUUAAAACGGCUGAAGACGUGUGAACUCUAAACAAGCUCGCAGCCCACCUGACUGCAGGUGGGCUCCUCUGGUCGCCUCUUUCAUCAUCCACAUCAUCAAGCACAGACGAGUUAUUCCGACGGCCAGCCUGUCCCCUCUCUGUUUGACGUGCCUGGCAGCAAAUGAGUGCAGCAGACGAAAGGAGUCCUGUGUAUUGAAAUAAAACUUUUGUUUUGCA